CUGAAGCAGAGGCGCUUUGGCUUCUCAGUAAAUUAUAGCUGCUGUUCCGAUUCGAGAUACCAUUGUUUGGAAAUGAUUGGCACAAUGACCAAAGUUGCUCGUCGCACUGCGGUGACCUAGAAUUCAUUGGUGCCUCCUCGAAGAGGUAGCCUAAUGCAGUCAUGUUAGCUUCUAAUCAUCCAGUACUUUUAACUUGCAAGAUACCUCUUCAUUGCACCUCUGGCCUUUAAUAUUGCUAAAUCAGAAGCUUCUCUAUGCAGCAAGAAGGCCAUUGAGCAAGGUCAGAAUACAGCCUCGUUGACUAAUCGGAGUAGUCUCUCCAAACAUGGCUCAUCAUCACCGGUCCUUACGCCACCGGAUUCUCUCUGAAACAGCAAAAGAAACACUAGGAGCGUUGCCUCCCAUACUUAAGGCUCUCCCAAACAUUAACGCUAGAAAAGGGUUCCUCAUUCGGUCAAAUGAGCUGGAACCGCUACAACCAUUGCAAAGCGAGGCCUUCAAGCUGCCUUCCGGCAAGGCUGGCUUCGUCACGCAGGUUCUCAACGACGACACGUUAGAUGUCGCGAUUCGCUUGACCAGAGAGAAGACAUCACCUGCGCGUGUCCUCGUUCUUAAUUUAGCGAGCGACAUCACGCCUGGCGGAGGCUGGCUUAAAGGCUCUCUGGCUCAGGAGGAGAGCAUUUGCUACCGCUCUAGCCUCUACCUUGGUUUGCCCAAGGGCGUGUAUCCGCUCCCAAAGCAGAGUGCAGUGUAUACUCCAGACGUGAUCAUCGUCCGCGACGCGUUUGGCGCUGGCCACCAACUCAUCCAGAAAGAGCCUAGCGAGUUGGAUGUCAUCUCCGUGGUAAGCGUUGCGGCGAUCAGACGCCCCGAGGUGAUGAAAGCACAGAAAGUCUACGAUGGCGAGAUCGCCAUGCGUGAGACGUUUGCGAGGGAGGGGGACCGCGAGCUGACCAAAACGAAAAUGCGCACGAUACUCCGCAUUGCAGGCAAGUACGAACACACACACCUUGUCCUUGGCGCACUGGGCUGCGGAGCAUUCAAAAACCCAACGGAGGAGAUUGCUUAUUGCUGGAGGGAGGUGCUAGCCGAGAAGGAGUUUGAGGGAGGCUGGUGGGAGAAGGUGGUGUUCGCAGUGCUGGACAAGGGCAGCGAUGGCGACAACGCGGGCAGAGGGGGAGAAGGGAACUUUGGGACGUUCGAGCGAAUACUUGGAGACGUAGAGUUUGCCGCCGGAAGUGUCCCCAGGAAGGUUCAUGAAGUUUCAACGAUGGGAUCGGGGACAUAAGCGGAGCAGAAACAAGGGAUCUUUGGAGAGCGGACAGAGUUGCAUUGGCGGUGGACUAGGCCCGGUUGAAUGCCGAGAGCACUGAUUGACACGAGACUACGACCAAAGCACAGGUUUGGUAAGCCGGCCAGUUGUUGUAUAGCGUAUCAUGGUGUAGCAGAAAGAUUGUGCCUACCCCGAAGACUGGAC